CUUCCACCUUCUUCACGGCCGCAUCCUGGGUGCAUGUCUAUCACCUUCUGAAUCUUCUCCUCUUUUCGCAUCACAUCCCUUGUGGCCCUUCGACUACUAUCACACCUUCGGCCCUGGCACUCCAGGCCACUUGUUGGUUCCCGUGUCCCUGCCAGGCUCUAUCACCUCCGCCUCAUUUCUACGCCUGGGCUUGUGUCCUGCCUGCGAACUAGGUCUCUCCCGCGGCUCUUGACCACUGAAUCACAGUCGCGACUUACCUGGAUCGUCGUCCGGACUUCUUUGCAGGCUCCAGUCCACCAUGGCGGACGUUUCGUCUACCCGGCUCUAUCUGGGCAAUCUUGCGCGCAACAGUAUGCUCACCUUUAUCCGUUCUCCCUCUUUUGGUCUCCCUGGACAAUAUUGCUUGCUUGGAGGGUAGCUGAACCCUGAAUGUUGACUCCUGGACCCGCUCACCACUUGUGCCGGGACUGCGCCAGUCGCUGACUCUCAGUUUCUCCCUUCCAGUCACCAAACAGGACAUUGAGGAGCACUUUGGCAAUCAUGGCACCGGCUCUAUUAAAGAGAUCAAGCUCAUGAACGGCUUUGGUUUUAUUGAAUACGAGGACGCCAUGGAUGCGAGAGAUGUUGUUCCAGCGUUCCACGGAACCAUGUUCAAGGGCGAGCGUCUCACUGUGCAGUUUGCUCGAGGCCCACGCCGGAAAGAUGAUUUUGCUGGUCCUUCGGAUCGCAACGUCCCUCGGCCACGUCGCACCAUCUAUCGCAUGCAGAUUACUGGACUGCAGCCGGAUACUAGUUGGCAGGACCUCAAGGACUUCGCGCGGAGCUCGGGCCAAUUGGACGUCGUAUACUCUGAGACUGGUCGUGACCGCGAUGGCAAAGGGUUCGUGGAGUUCGAAACCUCUUCCGAUCUCAAGACUGCUGUGGAGAAGCUAGAUGGACAGACAUUUAAGGGAGCGACUGUCCACUGCACACUCGAUAUCCAGGAGGAAAGACCGGACAAUCGCAGUUACCGACAGAGAUCCCCGCCCAGAGGCCGAUACGGACCCGCGGAUGACUACGAUCGCCGUGGCCCUCCUCCACGAGGAUGGAGCCCGCGAGGCUAUCGUGAGCGCUCGCCUGGACGUCGCCCACCUAUUGAUGACUACUACGACCGAGGCUAUGGAAGGCGCACUCCACCACGGGACUACGGACCACCACCACCGAGGAGAUACGAUCCUGACCCAUAUGACCCUCGCGGACCGCCACCACCACCUAUUCGCGGCUAUGGAGAUCCAUAUGCGCGAGGUGGUGACCCGUAUGGUCGGCCCCGAAGCCCUCCACGCUAUGGCUAUUCAGGCGGCUAUGGUGGCUAUGACGACCGACGAUAUUAGAGGCAUUCCGAGGAUCUCUAACGACUAACCACUCAGACUCAGGGAAGGCCAGAACAAGCAGUUCGGUGUUCUCGCUUCGAUAAACGGAUGAGGCCAUAACUAAGCAGGCGCCACAGGAAAGUUUGUAAGCCACGGGUGAUCGCUUGUUCUGUCUUUGGCGAAUCCGGACGGCCGCUGCACGAAGGAUUGUCACAACAUUUUUGUUUCGGUGUUUUCAGUUGCAACUUCAGUGCUUGCUCUAUGGAAAGGAUCUCAAAGCCGGAUUGGUUCAACUUCUCUGCAUGGACUCUUCUGUAACGGGCAGGACAUCCUUUACUGUUGCGGGCCCUCAUGACAGAGGUACGACAUACAAAAGCAUUUUUGAUUCCCGAGAGAACUUCAAACUCUUCAAGGUCAUAGUCUGGACGUCUCCUGCGUGGCUCUAAAACGGACCAAAGCAUCUUGCCACUCUCAACCUUGUUUUUCCCAGCACUGGUUUGGAGCUGGCCAUCAAUUGGGAAACAUAUCAGUUCAUGGUCUACGUGUCCUCCGGCUAACCUCUGAAUCUCCCAAGUUCUUGUCCGUACGUCUCCAAGCUUCCGCGAGGUAAUCGACUUGCUCCAUCUGGCUCUAAAGGCGUGUGGUUGAGAGGAUCCCAGGCUCCCGAUCCCCAUUAGGCACCUGUCAUUACCAUGCUUUGCAGCUGGAGGAAAGCUCCUUGGUCUGUUGCAAAUUUCCUUUGAAUUCGUCGUCCAAGAUUCUAGAAGCCGGACGAUCCAUUGUCAGGGACUGGGUAAGUUCGCACUGUGUUUCGCCUCCUGGGCGAAGCAACCACCUCUGUCUUGCUCGAUCUCGACACUUCGUAGUCCUAAGGACAUUCAUUCACGCUUGAAGGCACUUCUUGCCAUGGCCGCUGGCCUGUGACACACGUGGCAGGAUUUCGUCCUGAUCCUGCAGCGUCAAACAUGAUAAAUGAUGACUCCCAUCAUUGUAG